AUGUUGAGGGACUCAGUGGAUGCCCUCCAUGCUGGUGAGGGGGCGGUGAGAAGUGUAGGCUUCGGAGUCAGCCCAGUCAAGGCUCGGGUGUCUGCUGGGACACUUACUGCGUGGGUGAGAGUAAGUCUCUGGGGCAGGCGCUGGUGUGUUGGGCGGCGCUGCUGGGCAGUACUGGGAGCCCUGGGGCUGCUGGCUGGUGCAGGCUUUGGCUCCUGGCUUCUAGUGCUGUAUCUGUGGCCAGCUGCCUCUCAGCCCACUCCUGGAGCCCUGCAGGAUGAGAUGACUUUGAACUGCUCUGAGGCCAGCAGUGAGGAAGCCCUACUCCCCUCGAUUCCCAGAACAGUAUCUUUCAGAAUAAACACUUCUGAGGACUUCUUGCUGGAAGUACAGCUGAGGGCCCGGCCAGACUGGAUGCUGCUCUGCUACGAAGGCUGGAGCUCUGCCCUGGGGGCGCGGGUCUGCAGGAGCCUCGGACAUCUUAGACUCACUCACCACAAGGCAGUGAACCUUUCUGACAUCAGGCUCAACAGUUCCAAGGAGUUUGCUCAGCUCUCUCCUAGACUGGAAGGCUUCCUGGAGGAGGUGUGGCAGCCGAGGAACCGCUGUGCUUCUGGUCAGAUCGUCUCUCUCAAGUGCUCUGCAUCUCCUGCCUCUCCUUCCCCCGGGCUCAGUGCGGCCUCCGUGUGCAGUUUCAGGCUGUCCUGCCUGUCCAGCUGGCGGGUCCAUGCAGGGCUGGUCAGCCACAGAACGGUCAGGCCACACCAGGGGGCUGUGGUGGAGCGAAUCAUCACCCACCCUCUGUACAGCGCCCAGAACCACGACUAUGACGUGGCCCUCCUGCAGCUCCACACCCCACUACACUUCUCAGACACCGUGGGCUCCGUGUGCCUGCCGGCCAAAGAGCGGGAUUUUCCGAGGGGCUCGGAGUGCUGGGUGUCUGGCUGGGGCCACACUGACCCCAGCCACACCCACAGCUCCGAAGUGCUCCAGGAUCUGGUCCCUCUUCUCAGCACCCAGCUCUGCAACAGCUCUUGGUACAGCGGGGCCCUGAUGCCCCACAUACUGUGUGCUGACUACCUCCACGGGAGGGCGGAUGCCUGCUAGGGGGACAGUGGGGGUCCCCUGGUAUGCCUGGAUGAGGACAUGUGGCGCCUGGUGGGGGUGGUCAGCUGGGGACAUGGCUGCGCAGAACCCAGCCACCCCGGAGUCUACGCCAAGGUUCCCAAGUUCCUGGACUGGAUUCAGGACGCAGCGGCGCAGGGUUCUUCCCUUAUCUCCUUCCCAGACGCCCAGGAUGGAGACCGGCCAGAGGAGCCGGGAGACGGCCUGGUUUAUUGCCCUCAGCGCCCACCCUCUCCACAUUCAGAGACUGCCAAGCUGAGAGACGCCCAGAGGCUGGGAGGCAUCGGCCGGUGA